AGAUCAACAGGGAAAAGUAUUAUAUUCUCAUGAUACAUCCAAAAUAAGGAAAGGAAAGGUAUCAUAUUUAUCUACUAAGGAUGGGUUAUAUCAUAUUUGUAUUUCAUGUCCUUCAACCAACUGGUUUAAAAGUACAGCAAUAAAAUGGAGCUUGUCAAUUGAAGUUGGAGGUUCGGAUAUUGAUCCUGAAAAUUUGGCAAAAAAAUCAGAACUUAGUGAAACCUUAACAAUAUUAAAUAAUUUGAAGAAAAAAUUUAAUUCGAUGAAAUUACAACAAAUAUAUCAGAAACAGAUGGCGUCCAAUUUAUAUGAAUACAAUAAAUCUGUUCAUAAUAAAAUGUUUUAUUGUUACAUUGUCGAAAUAAUCAUAUUAGUAGUAAUAACAGUUUACUCUAUUAUUCACUUGAAGAAUUAUUUCAAGGCCCACAAAUUAAUGUAA